AUGAGGAAAGGAUUGGGGAGGGACAAGGUCUUCGAAUCAGAGGAGACUGUGGUAAAGCUGCUCACCUAUAUUAGCCCACCCGAACCUGUUUUUGUUGGUGCUAUUGAUGCAUUAGUUAAGCCUGUGCCUGGACCAAUAAGGCCUGAAACUUCUUUGGAACGUAAUGCGAACAACAAUGAAGAUGGCAUGUGUGAUAAAGUAAUAGCUCCUUGUUUCAUGAGAACACAUGCCUCUGAUAGAAUGAGUGUGGUGGAUGAUGCCAAACCCACAAAUGCUAGGAAUACACAGCCAUCCAAAGCGUCAGUGAAGGAAGAAAGCAAGAUCCAAGUUUAUAGUCAAGGUGAAGACAUCUCAAACAGCACUGAUUCUUUUAAGCAAAGAGAAGAACUCGAAGAGCUGUAUGAAAAAUCAAAACUGAUUGGGUCUGAUGCUGUUGAUCCUCAAGCGUCAAAGAUUUUAUCUGUGCCACCGCCGAAACCACCUGAUCAAAGUGUUGCUGCAGGAGAGAAUUUUGCUUUUAUCAUUGUGAACCUUGGUGAAAUUGAAAUAUGCGAGAUCACUGAGUUUGAGUUUGUUUGGAACAGUAAUAUGAUGAUGGAGCCAAGUAAAGUUGUUCCAUUCUAUAAACUUGUGAGAAUACCAUAUGGGUUUUAUAUCCUUGGUCACUAUUGUCAACCUAGUAACAAACCUUUAUGGGGUUUUGUACUGAAAAAAAUUGAUAUGCCUAUUGAUUCUACUGCUUACUUUUGGCUACCUCAUCCUCCUAGAGGUUAUAAGGCUCUUGGGUACUUAGUUACUAACAUCCAUGACAAGCCCAAUGUAGAUGAAAUCAGUUGCGUUCGUGUUGGACUAACCGAUACAUGUGAACCUUACCACACAUUACUUGAUACUGGAUCUUUCACUCCUGAGUUUCCAUUUUGGAUUGGGAACUUGAGACCUUGUAACUGCAACAUGUUAGGAGCAGGAGUUUCAGUAGGGAAUUUUUUCUGCAAUAAUUUUUGUUGGAACAAGGGAGAAGAGUUACCUGUUGUGUGCUUGAAGAAUUUGAACCAAAUGCGCCCGGCAAUGCCACAAAUUAACCAAUUACAUGCGCUUAUAGAGCUUUACGGUCCUACUGUUUUCUUUCAUCCUGAGGAAGUUUACCUUCCUUUUUCUGUUGAUUGGCUUUUCAACAAUGGAUCCAUUUUGUAUCGAAAGGGCUUGUCUAAAGGCGAGGUUAUUGAUGAAGGUGGAUCAAAUUUUCCAGGCAGAGGAACAAAUGAUAGAGAAUUUUGGAUAGAGUUGCCGUAUGAUGAUAUUAGAAGAGAGUUUAUCAAACAUGGUGACUUGGAAAGUGCUAAGCUUUAUGUUCACGAGAAGCCAAUAAUUGGCGGAACAUUCAAUGACAUUGUUAUGUGGAUUUUCUGUCUUUUCAACGGAUCAUCUAUUUUGGAAUUUGGAAUUAAAAACAUGGCUUUUAGCAAAGUUGGUUCUCAUUUAGAUGAUUGA